AUGGUUUGUAUACCCUGUAUUUUUUUACCUAUUAUAUUGGCAUUUUACUUAAAAUUUAUUCAACCAAUUAUCUUAAGAUAUGUUCCAGAAAGAUGGAAAUCAAAAUUAGAUUCUAUACUUUAUCCAACAUGUCCAAUAAACAUUCAACAACAAACUACUACUACAAAUAAGGAUGAUGGUGAAAAAAGUUGUUGUAAUGAUAAUGAUAAUGUUUCAUCUUGUACAAAGGAAGAAAAUAAAAAGAAUAAUUGA